ACCGAUAGACAAUGAGAAAUGGAAUUAGAAUACCACUUGAAAUUAGGUAAUUCUCUUUCCAAUCUCUAAUUACAACCAAACAACACCUCUAAAUGAAAAAUGAAAUUAAUUCAUAUCCAUAAUAUGAUUUCCUGCCAUCCAAACAGGGAGGACCCUAGUAAUCUAGCCUAAUCCUAAUCCAAUUUUUAAUCUUCCGUCGUCAUUUCAUGACAAAGCUUCCCACUUUCCAUGAACCCCAUGUGACGUCGUUUUGGUGGGAAUUCCAAUUUAAAUAGAGCCACGCUAGCUGAAGCUCGCCAUAACCAAAAGCUUUCAUUUAGGAAAUGGAAGUUGCUGAGUAUGAACCGCACCAUUCCUCACAUACUUUCAGACCUUCGUCGUCAUCUUCAACCUCUCUCCUCCAUCAAACAAGUCGAAGCAGCCCAAGCUUUCCUGACCAAAACAGGCCUCUUCUUCACCCAGACACCUCUCCUUGCAAAGCUCAUAGCUUUCGCAUCUCUUUCACCACUGGGCUGCCUCUCCCACGCUCAAUCGCUGUUCCAAGAAACCGCCAUGGACGACCCUUUCACCUGUAGCACCAUGAUCAGAGCUUACACCAACAGCGAUUUCCCCAUCAAAGGGAUUCAUAUCUAUAAUCAUAUGAUCGUGACCCAAGUUGGGUGUGAUCAUUUCACUUACAAUUUCGCACUCAAGGCCUGUGCGAGAGUCAUGAAAGGUAUGAAGAAAGAUGAUGCGAAGGUUUUUGGCUUGGGGAUUGAUUUGAAGGGAGGUGAGAUUCAUGGCCGGGUUUUGAAGCUGGGGUUUGAUUCCGAUUUGUAUGUUCAGAAUUCGUUGCUGUUCGUAUAUGCUCAAGCUGGGUCUGUGGGACUCGCGCGCCAGGUGUUCGAUGAAAUGUCUGAGAGAAGCGUUUCGUCGUGGAACAUCAUGAUAUCAGCUUAUGAUCAGAUAACGGAUUUCGAAUCGGCGGACUGGCUGUUCCAGUUGAUGCCUCAGAAGAAUGUGGUGUCUUGGAAUACGUUAUUAGGGCGGCAUGUUAGAUUGGGCAACGUUGAGGCUGCGAAGAUGGUGUUUGAAGAGAUGGUGGAGAGGGAUGCGGUUUCGUGGAAUUCGAUGAUUGCUGGUUAUGUUCAGGUUAGAGAUUAUGGUGGAGCAUUGGAGCUGUUCCGGGAAAUGCAAGUUGCUGAAGUGGAAGCUACGGAAGUGACGCUUAUAUCGGUUUUGGGUGCUUGUGCUGAAACCGGGGAGUUGGAGAUUGGAAGGAAGAUUCAUGAGUCGUUGAAAGGAAAGCAGCAUAAGAUUGAAGGGUACUUGGGGACUGCCCUUGUGGAUAUGUAUUCUAAAUGUGGCAAGUUGAGUUCAGCUUGGGAGGUGUUUAGUGGGAUGAAAAUGAGACCGGUUGGUUGCUGGAAUGCAAUGAUUAUGGGUUUCGCUGUCCAUGGUCACUGCGAGGAAGCUUUGGAGUUGUUUGCAGAUAUGGAAAUGCAGGUUGGUGAAGUGAAGCCGAAUCGGAUCACCUUUGUUGGGGUGCUCAUUGCUUGUAGUCACAAGGGUUUGGUGGAAGAAGGGCGCCGGUAUUUCAGUUACAUGAUUCAAAAAUGCAAAAUCGUGCCUGAUACUAAGCAUUAUGGUUGCAUGGUUGAUCUUCUUAGUAGGUGGGGAUUGUUAGAUGAAGCCUACCAGAUGAUCAAAGCUGUGCCUUCCCUAUCAAGCUCCUUGUUGUGGAGAACCUUGUUGGGUGCUUGUAAGGUACAUGGAAACGUUGAAUUGGCUGAGCAAUGCUUUGAGCAGCUAGCCAAAUUGGAACCUCUUAAGGAUGCAGAUUAUGUUUUGUUGUCAAACAUCUACGCCGAAGCCGAGAAAUGGCACGAUGUCGAGCGGUUGAGGAAUGAGAUGGUUUGUAAGGGUGUUCCCAAAAGCCUCGGCUUCAGCCAUGUAGAGAUGAAAUAAAGAUGGGCGGUGCAAGGUCAUGUGCCUUAAUACUACUCUCGCGCAAACAAGCUAAACUUAAAUUUAUAAGCUUAAUUUGGUUUGCAAGUUUCAGACGGUUGAUUGUUCAUCAACAAAACAGAAGAAAACUGUCAUUACUAGAUGUUGUAACUUGUAACUUACAUUUAUAGAAUGUCAUUAUUAGAAGGCAAUAAUAGUCAAUUAUUGAUG